GAAAGCGCAUAUUCCAACCAAUACUUAUAGUGGACAGUUGUCAAAAUUGUUAGAAAGAACAUCAAAACUUACAAAAUGAACAAGGUUUUUUUCUUGUGCGCGUUAACGAGUUUAAUUUCUGUGGCUUUCGCUGAGACCUGUCAAAAACCUGAGAUUGUCGCAUCGUCAUAUGUGACGGAAGAUGCGACGGUCCUCACGAAUGUCGCUUUUACCAUGCAGUUCGUGUUGAAAUGCAACAACGGUAUAAAAGGAAUCAGUUUGUAUGCCGAAGUCGAGGGCAAGACGUUGCCGGCAGUCAGACUGAGCGCCGAUAAUAAAUAUCAGAUAUCCUGGACAGAAGAUAUCAAGAAAGCAAGGUCUGGCGAUUAUUACAUAAAACUGUAUGACGAGGAAAAAUAUGUCGCUGUUCGUAAAGCAAUAAGGAAUGGAGAAGAUCCUGAUAGUGUGAAUCCCUUGGCAGUAGUUGUUCUAAAUAAUCCGGGAAUUUUCCUCGGUCCUUGGGUGAACUCCGAAUUCUUAGCCGCUUUCUUAGCUAUUCUUGUUUCCUAUUCGGCAUUUUCUGCAAAAUACAAACUUCUAGCGUAGAAUAUUUUUUGUUAUUAAAAAAUAAACAUUAAUAAAAUAUUUGAAAA